CUGUUGAGGGGAUGAGAGCUAGUGGGAAACACUCAUUCACUUACUCAUUCACUCUGGCUGCCGCUGCUGCUGCUUGUGGUGCUGGUACCUUAAAGAUAUAUAUAAGAUCCUGCAGAAGAGGAAGGACUAUCAGCUCAUAAUGGACAAAUCAUCAUCAUAGUCUAAUACCAUCACUGGAUUGGUUUAAAACAUUGCUGGACUUCGGGAAACCACACUGGACCCACUUGAAAGGUUUUGUUCCUGCGUUUCGGUGCUGGUUAAAGAAGAAGAACGAAGACGGUUCAUGUGUUUAUAAUUCUAAACAUCUUUAAAGCAAAAGACAAAUCCAGGAUUUUGUUCCUGUAGAACUUUUAUCAGAGACUGGACACAGAUAAAAGAGCAACACAAUACUGGUAAGAAGAGACCAAGGACAUAUGUAAAUAGAGAGAGCAGGUGAUGAUGUCCUUUGCCAUGGUUCGCCCAUCUCCUGCCCGUUUUCUCUACUCCGAUAUCAGCAUGUUUUCAGAAGAUGAUGAGAAUGGAAGUGAAAGUUCAGGCUCAGAUGACAAAUCCUCCUGCCUCUCCUCUUCUGUCUGUGCUCCAAUCAAAUCUGCCUCUCGCAAGCGAAAAUACAGUUGCCGACCAUCGCUCGUGUCCCCGGAGCCCUGCGUGCCCAUCACAGAGGUCCGGCAGCGCAACGCAGCAAACGCCCGAGAGCGGGACCGAACCAACAGCGUCAACGUGGCCUUCACAGCCCUGCGGACCCUCAUACCCACCGAACCCGCCGACCGCAAGCUCUCCAAGAUCGAGACGCUGCGGCUCGCCUCCAGCUACAUCUCUCACCUGCAGAACGUGCUGCUGGUGGGCGAGGCAUGUGCAGACGGGCAACCGUGCCACCGGAGCCCAGCAGCCCUGCACAACCACCUCCACAGCCCCCACAAACCCUCAGCCCCCAGUCCGGACUCUGAGAACUCCCAACCCAGACAGAUCUGCACCUUCUGCCUCAGCAACCAGAGACGACUGAACAAAGACAGAGAAAGAAAAACGGCUAUAAGAAGUUAAUGCUGAAGAGAAACCUGGAACAGGAACUCUGAACUCUAUAUUUCUCUGUAUUUUUUUUUAUAAUAAGCUAUUUUACACAGCUAUAUUACACACGAACUCUUAUUUAUCCUGUAACUGUACUCUCCUGAAGGGAUUGCAUCACUGUGGACUAUGGACUAAUCGCUCAGCUGCGUUUUCCCAUUUGGACGAGUCUGAAUCUAAUCUUUAGCACCUGCUGCUUGUGCUAAACACCACACACCCAGACUGUGUAUGAAUUCCACCAACAAAUGAACUUAAAUGUGGACUACACGAGACUAUUCCUACUUAGAAAUAAAUACAAUAACUGAUACUGAAAGAGGGACGUGAAGAAACACUGAUCAGCACUGACCUGCUCCAGCUUUCAAUGCAAGAGUGAAAUAAAGUACCUUUAGAUCCAUCAACACGAGCUCUUAUCUGCUUUGUGUUCUCUUUAUAACGUGAUUUAUAAGAAAACAGGCACAAUUUCAUAAUAAACAAUAUGUCAAAAAGUUUGCAGACUCAUGCUCACCCAACACAUCUCUUGAACAAGGGGGAAGUAUUUUUUGCAGUUAAAGACCAAUACUAACAAUCAGACGCUUACUGGGCAAAAUAAUGCAGCUUCUUUGCUAAAUUAUCUGACCUGUCAAAGCACA